GCAGCACCCAUCAACACCCCUAAAUUCUUCAAUUUCGGAUACAAGAGGACGGAAAGAAGCGCUUCUAGGCGGAUUUUUGGUCCAACAGCCAGGAGGAUUCUCAAGCGGGUGGCUCGGAAGGGGCGCGCACGCCGGCGCCGCAGAAAAGGAAGCUCGGAACAGAAACGAGGCCAACCGUCAGUCAGUGAGGGGAACAGAAACAAAAAGAAUAUUCCCAGAAUGCUCAGAAUUUGGGAUCCCUAACAGGAGCUAGCUUUGUCUAAACAAGCUACAGGCUCUGAGAUUAAUUGGAAGCCCGCGACACCAAGGGCCUCGUUCCUGACGAUAAAUUGCGUCGAAAAGACGGGUGGUUAUUGCUGCUGGAACAUCUCUGGCCGGCGUUGCUGUGCGUGUGGGACGACGGUGGAUUUUGAGCCCACGCGCCUCGCGUGUUCGGACCACUCUACACCCCCGUUCUCUGGCUCAUCAUUGCACCGAGAACACCGCGAAUAGUCAGUCCCGAAUUUUCUCGUGCGCUGCGGACCCCUCGGCACCCUCGCGCCCGUACGCCGAAGUUGGGUCCAAAAUUGAAUGCACAACUUUAUACAUUGCUUGCUCCAGACGGCAAGAUGCAGACGGAUCUUCGCCGUGGGAGCUGUGGGAACCAACAGUCGUCGCCCACCGCAGAUGACAAUCGGGCAGACGCUCAAAACAACAACAACAACAGCGGUGACGAUGGUCAACCCCUCAGCGAUUCCGACAAUGACCUCGACGACCAGGUUGAUUUGGUUCGGAACGGCAAGCGAAAGAGACCAAUCUCAGUCUCGUGCGAAUUGUGCAAACAGAGAAAAGUAAAAUGUGAUCGUGGACAACCAUCAUGCGGGUGGUGCAGCCGUAACGGCGCCACUUGCGAAUACAAGGAACGAAAAAAGCCUGGUCUUCGGGCAGGAUAUGGGCGGGAACUAGAGCAAAGACUAGACAAGCUCGAGGCGAUACUGCGAUCGCAUCAAGAGAUACUCCAAACUUCAAUGGAGGGUGGUAGCAGUCAUCUCCCGCCAGGUCUUCAUCAUCCCAAAGCACCCUCCAGCGUUCGAGGUAGCAUCCACAGCUUACCCAGUGACCAUGGCACACCUAGGGACACGCAGCCCCCUCCAUUCACCAGAUCCGACAGUUCUAUACGGACUCCUCAGGCGGAAACCGCUCUCUUCCUGCAAAAGCCAUCCUCGUAUCCCCCAGCACCAUCUGCACAGCACCACUCACAGUCAAUGGAAUUUGGAUUGCAUCCACCAACACCAACCAUGCGCGAUGGUUUUCAAUCUCAGAUUGGCCCUCCGGCUGGUAUAUCCCCUACCAAUUCCCAUAGUCACCACAUCCGUGGUACGAGUACAAUGUCGAGCGCAGCAUACGACUACUAUAACCCAACAAGUACAGCUUCAACAACAAGCAGUCAUCCUCAUCAUCAGUCGCCAUCGACAAUGACGCAGAAUCAGGCACAGAUAGCAUCCGACCACGAGCUACCUCCAUAUGAUCUAUUGUACGCCCUCGUGGACCUCUAUUUCAAGCAUAUCAACACAUGGUGUCCAAUAUUACAUCGGAAAAUGACGCUUGCCGCCCUAUUUGAUUCUCCAGUCCCUGAGGAGACGGAUAAGAUACUCCUACAUGCCAUCGUGGCUACAACACUCAGGUACUCAUCCGAUGCCCGAUUGACCGAAGAGAGCCGACGAAGAUAUCACGACGUCUCCAAGAAGAGGGUAUUAUUGUACGGCAUGGAAAACUCGUCGGUCAAGGCCCUGCAAGCACUCGUCAUACUUGCCUUGGACUUGUGUGGUGCCGGCAAUGGACCUCCAGGCUGGAAUAUAAUGGCGCUGAUCACAAGAUCAGUUGUGCAGCUGGGACUGUCAGUGGAAAGCAACUCUUUCUCGGUCUCGCCAAACUUUACAUCCAUCUACACUUUACGAGCCAUGAUACUGCCGGAGCCGAGAGACUUUAUAGAGGAAGAGUCUAGGCGGAGGCUUUUCUGGAUGGUGUACCUACUCGAUCGGUACGCAACCAUCUCGACGGCUUUUGACUUUGCGCUCGACGAUAAAGAGAUUGAUCGGACACUUCCAUGUCGCGACGAUCUCUGGACUAAGAACCAGAAAGUCGAAACGAAAAGGUUUCGUACCAAGGGGACCAAUCCACAACAUGAAGAAUCGACAAGUCACGACUACGAGAUCAACAAGCCCGAGAAUCUUGGUGCUUUUAGCUAUUACAUUGAGAUUGUCACGAUCCUGUCUCAAAUCCAUAAAUUCCUCAAGCAUCCUGUGGACAUUUCAGCGCUCAGCGACGUCGAGGAAUGGCAAAUGCGAUACAAGGAGUUGGAUAAUACCUUGACGAACUGGAAGUUCAACCUGCCCGGAGAGUACUGCAGCAUGGCUAAGCUGUUUCAGCCCGGAAGCGCAAAAACGCUCAACUGCGGCUGGGUCAUGUUGCAUGCCACCUAUCACACGGCAACAAUCCGGCUACACUCGUCUGCGGCAUACCCAACCACAAGAUCGCCGAUUUUCACCCCGUCAUACUCGGCAUCGCAGCGUUGCCACUCUGCCGUGGAGAAUAUAGCAGCGCUGGGCGAGUUUGUGCUGACCAACAACCUCCUGCCCAAGCUGGGUCCGCCAUUCGCCUUUACACUGUGGGUUGCCGCACGGGUUUUGCUGGUCCACGGCUCCACGGUCGAACACAAAGUCAGCACGCAGAUUGGUUUCUUUGUCGACGCCCUCAAGGAGAUGGGCAGGUACUGGCCGGUGGCGAGACGAUACUGCGAGCUGCUGCAGAGAGUGUUGGACGAGUACCACGACAGUGCGAGGCACGGGGACGUGGGCUUCACGCCGAGUAGCGUCAAGAUCCUGGCCGAUAUGCGCCGGACGGCGUUCGAUCUCGACUUUUUGAUCAGCAGACAGCCCCAUCCACAAGUAGCAGCAGCUGGUGGAGGUGGAGGUGGUGGCACUGCUGCGAUUGUGGCCCCCGUAGGGGCAGCGUCGACAGCUCAAGGCUUUGGCAGCAGAUACCCCAGCAUCACGCCCGCGCGGACGCCGCAGCCCAACGAGCUAGAGUACCUUGAUGUGUUUGACUUUUUCAACUAUCCAAGGCUGCCGCCCGGUGCGCCGGGAGAUGGCAAUUUGAAUGGAAACGGAAACGGGAACGGUAACGGUAAUGGUGAGGGUGAUGGCGGUGAAGGUGUGGACGGCGCGGCCGUCGUGCCGAGCAACGAGUUCAACAUUACGGAUUUCAUAAUGGACGUCAACCGGGACUGGCUGUUCAAGCAGGAAGGGACUGGGAACUUUGUCAGUUGA